AUGGCGGAACUCGUCGUCGAGGCCGGGAGCCUCCCACCACCGUAUGUGGAAGCCAUUGCAGUAAAAGGUUCAGCGAGCCUUGUGGAGCGCGCUGGUCGCGCGUUCCCGGACACGUUCUACAUCUCCCCAUACAGCCCUGACUCGUCAACAAAGUGGGUGUUGUCCGAGUACAAGCACCAGAUUUUGUACGCAAUCAGCCGGAGGGAACACCCUCAGGGCAACAAGCCAGACGUGAUUAUUCACGAUGGCCUCUCUCUGAAAGAUGCGACAUUUGCGUCAUUUCGUUUCAUCGACGGGUCUCCAAAAAUGUGGAAAGUAAGAUUGCCGCCAAGAAGUGCCGAGCCUGAGGCUGGUUUCGAGCUGGUUUCAGCGGGGAAUGAUUGGAGAGCACAGAAGAGGCCUGUGUUCAAAUUCGCAAUCGAGACAGACGUCAGCGGGCGACGUGAACACUUUGAAUGGCGAAGUAGCAACAACGACAACAUCAGGAGAGCACUUGGUGGCGGACAGUCGCUCGGGUGGAAGCUGGUACGCCUGGCCCAGGAUGCCUUUACGGACGAGUUGGCCGGACCCCGCGGCGCGUGGCCCAAGACAACCGAUGGCGCCGAGAUCGUCGCGGUCUUCUCCGGCGACGAGCACGGCCCACACGGCGACUGGCGAUUCGCCUUUCUUGGGACGGGAAGAAGUCGCAUCCUCGGCUGGACCUGGGAGGUGAUGGCGGUAACCAGUGCACUGAUUAUUAUGGAUUCGGGGCUCAAGGUGGGAGGCGAGACUUCAUAA